CUGAUCAGAGAAGAAAAACAGACUUUUAAUAACACUUAUCUGUGAGACCUUUUCUUUUUUCUGUAGAAGAACUGGGUGUGUCCAAUUUUGACUGGAUUUCCUCAUCAUGAUGAAGCUGAUCCUGUCUCUCACUCUCAUCUGGACUCUCUCCAGCACAGCUGAAGCUGUUGACUGUUGGGUUGGUAAAGGGGAUAGCAGCUUCUUAUUUCCAUGUAACUCUUCUGAGCUGUGUGCAACUGUGGCCAAACAAGGAAAAAAGUCCACCGAGAAGAUGUGUUCCUCCUUUUUCAUGGAAGGAAAACACACAUUUUCACUCAAUCUUGGUUUUGAAGCUAUGGCUGCAUCUGUUCAGGCGUGUGACACAGUUGGCUGUAACAAUAAAACCAUACCUUACCCUGGUGUUCAGCAGAAAAACGGCAUGAAGUGUUACGUCUGUAAUAAUCGAUAUUCUCCUAUGUGCAACAAGACAGUAGAGUGUAUGGGAAUGCAGGAUCGCUGCAUUAAUGGGACUGCGGAAGAUGAAGAAAAGAAGAAUGCAACAAUUUAUACCCGUGGAUGUGUCUCUGCAAACCUCUGUGAAGAUGUUCGUCGCUUGGAGUUCUUCAUGGAUGUUAAAUUCCUUCGUAAACCAAAAUGUUGUGGAAAAAACUUGUGUAACUCAGCUUGGUCCGUCAGACUCAAUGUGAUGUCUUUGCUGUUGGGACUCUUUACUCUUACCUUCUAUUAGAACAAAUAGAAAGACCAUAAUAGCAGAAGUAGUUGUGUAAUGUGUGUAAGUAAACCAAAUACAUUGAUCAUCUUUUCAUUGAUUUACACAGUGAAUUGUUUUGAUCAUAACUGAAGCAUCACA